GAGAGACAACACAACACACACAACACGAGGUCCAAUAAUAAUAACUGUACUACGUACAUAUUGAGCCCCUUGUUUGGGAAUCUCAGUUAGUUUAUUGGAAGCCUCCUCUAAAUGAUUAAUACUGACGUAGGUUUUCUAUUGCGUUGAUAGUUGAGUGGUAUAUGAUAGAUGAGAUUCACUUCGCACGAUUUGUGAAUGGGAAAAACACGUCUUCACAAAUUUUGGAGUGUAGAUGCCCUCGAGCGGAAAAUCAUCGAUUGUGUUAAUAUUCAAUCUGUCAUCGGAAUGUUUAGCAGCACAAUAGAAGAAUGAUUCACAACAACUUGACAUAAAUUCCAAGGUGCCGCCAGAAUCGAUUAAGUGUAUUUGGAAUAUCACAUAAUUAUGUAUUAUGUACAAGGACGAUUCUUCUGAUUCGAUUUCAAGUUUUUCGGACAGUCUUCGUCUCUUCGUCACACUUCGACUGUGAAUUGAGAAGGUUACGCAACUUGGAGUAUUUUGAACUAUUAAGAUAUCUACACUUGUUGAUAACUGUUAUAACCGGAAAUCGUAACCUCUGUAGAGAGUUCGUCGAAAACCAGGAAAAAUUAUCGAUUCGAUUGGUUCUAGUGAUCAUUGUCAUCAAACACGAACUCCGCAUCAACAUCACUCAAGGUUGACUAGCCAAGGAGUAAACAUAAAGCAGUAGAAUCACGUAUGGCUUCCAUGGAGAUACGACCAGCCAAAGAAGAACUUUGUAAAGAAUUUGAAGAUCCAAAUUCAAACGGUCGUAUUGUGGAAACUGAUCAAGAAAUUCCACAUGAGUUUACAUGCGGACUUUUGUCUUGGCGUGCUCGAUUUUUACAACGCUUCGCAGCGCCGAAGUGGUUUCUAGUAUUCCAAUGUUGGCUUGUUCUAGCCCAGGGGUUGAUAGUAUCUGGAAUGACCGGAGUUGUUAUAUCUUCACUAGAGAAACGUUUCUACCUGAAGACAAGUGAAGUAGGAGCGAUCACAGCUUGUUACGAUAUAGCGGCUGCUCUGAUGGCAAUAGUUGUUAGUUACUAUGGGCAUCAUCACAAACCAAAGUGGCUUGGAAGUGGGGCUUUAAUACUUGGAAUCGGUUGCUUCCUGUUUGCGCUCCCUCAUCUAUUAGUUGGUGAUUACGAGCCUGGUACAAGUGUUAGCGAUUUUUGCGAUCGUUCGCCUAAUCCUUCGGCUUUAUCAUCUGUCAAAUGCCAAAGCUCUAUUUGGUAUCACAUUCUAGUCUUCGUGAUUGCCGAAUUCUUUAUCGGUUUCGGGGCAACCCCGGUUUACAUUCUUGGAACAGCGUUUAUUGAUGAAAAUGUACGACAUGCUACAAGUGGAUUGUUUUUGGGGAUUAUGUAUGCGGUUGCAGCUUUUGGACCUGCAGUGGGAUAUCUGCUUGGAGGACAAUUCUUGAAUAUUUACGUUGACAUAGAACAGCCUUCUGGUGUUGACCUCAAACCCGAGGACUCUAAUUGGAUUGGUGCAUGGUGGCUAGGAUAUGUCUUUGGUGGAACCCUGGCUUUACUGUGUAGUUUCCCUCUACUCAUGUUUCCAUACGAACUGCCAGGCACCAGGGAAAUCCGUGCCGAGAAACAAGCACUCAGUGACACAGUUGAAGACCCCAACACACCGCACACUCUCAAGCAACUCCUACCAGCACUGCGAAAUCUCCUGACAAAUCCAACAUUUGUCUUCCUUUCUCUAGCUGCAGCAUUUGAAGGCUUAGCAGUUGGUGGAUUUUCAACGUUUUUGCCAAAGUUUAUGGAGGCUCAGUUCCGUAUGACGGCUAGUGAUGCUAGUUUCUAUGCUGGUAUUAUCACAGUUCCUGGAGGAGUGCUUGGAAUGUUAGUUGGUGGCCUUCUUGUCAAGAAAAUGAAUUGGACUUGUGGAAAAACUAUCAAAGCAUGUAUUUUUAUAGCAACUGUAGCAUUUCUAUUUACAUCUAUAUUGCUGUUUGGAUGUCAAAAUAGAGAAUUUAUGGGGAUAACGCGACCAUAUAUGAACAGCACCAAGCUUGGUGGUAGCAUGGAUGCCCCGUGCAAUCUUGGUUGUCGGUGUAGAGCGGAGGUUUAUGCGCCACUGUGCACAGAGGAUGAUCAGAUGACUUAUUAUUCAGCAUGUUUUGCUGGUUGUGAGAUUAUCAACAGGGCACCUGGGAAUGUAUACACCAACUGUAGCUGCUUCCUAGCAACAGGGAGCCGAGCCAUUAAGGGGAGUGGCUGCAAACCAGACUGUUCCAAUAUCUACCCAUUCAUGGUUGGUCUGGCCUUACUUAUGUUUACAACAUUCCUCAAUAACAUUCCAGCUACCACAGCAACUCUGAGAUGUAUUCCAGAGAGUCAGGGAUCCUUUGGCCUUGGAAUUCAGCAGCUGAUAGUCCGAAUACUCGCAUUCAUCCCUGCACCUAUUGUUUUUGGCGCUGCAAUUGAUGUAACCUGUAGAAUGCCGCAGAAGGAUGCCUGUGAUCCAGCAGCUGAAAGGAACUGCUUGGAGUAUGACACAGAUAAGUUCAGGUACGUGAUGUUGGCACUAGGUGGCACCUUCAAACUCUUGUCUGCAAUUUCUUUUUUCCUCGCCUGGAAAUACUACAAGCUCCCACCCAAGGACAACAAAGCUUUGGAUAAUGUUGUGGAGAAUUCCAUUGCAACAGAGUUGGAAAACACUGACGGCAGUUUAUUACCAGGUGACGGCUCCCAUCUUGUGCCAGCAACUACUAUUUUAGAAGUGCAGGCCAAUGGCACGGUUAAUACGCACAGUCAAAAUGAGGAUACUGAACUUUAAGCUUACAGUCACCAGUCCUAUAUCCCUCAUAACAUACAUGUGUAAACUAUUUUGUUUUUGAUUUCACUAUUGAAAUGGUCAACAUGAUAAUUAGGGUAAUCUUCUCUGAGGCCUUAUUAGUGUUGCAUUCACAAUAUAUAUAUAUAUAUAUAUGUCUGGGUUCAAAUGUAUAAAUUAAUGAUAAUCCAGUGAGCACUGUUUCAAUGAAUUUCAAUAAAUGAUCGUUUUUUUUUUUUUUGCCUUGCACUUGGAUCAUGAUUUUUUUUUUUGCCUACGAGAAAGUGCAUAUUCCCAUGUUCUUUUGUUCUGAGGCAAUAAUGAAAUCCUAACAGUCACUGGAUAUGAUAUAUUAUGUGCAAAUUCCACGAAGGUAUGAAAUAAGUUACUUUAAAGGUAUUGUCUCCUAGAAAAUAGGCCCGAUGUAUGUCGACACUUUAAAUAAGGUUGACUUGAACAUGCACCAAUUAUAAACUGCUUUGGUUCAUGUUAGGUUCGACGUAUAGCCUUAACUUACUCCAUGUGUGGGCUACAUGUAUGCUGUAUGUCAAUAAUUGGACUGUUAAAUUAAAAUUAUGAAUGCAGACAGUAGUUAUAAGUGGAGGGGCACAUAAAGAAUGGCUGAGACCUGCCUCCUGCCCUUCCUGAAACAAGUAAAAAAAAUAUAUCUACAGCUAUGAAAUGAAUUAUGUGAAUUAAAGAAUGAUCCACACACUCACACGUUCCUGUACAUAGCAUGUGGACAUCUUAAAAGCUAGGACAAUAUUAAACCUUUUGCUGUUCAAUAACGGAAAAGAGGCAUUCAUUUGUGCCAAACGUAUCGUUAACGUGCAUUGUUCGUUCAUCAACAUCGCACGAAACAUCCUUAGCGUGACUCGACUUUCAAUAACAAUGAUUGAAUAUGCGCGAACAUUCAAUAGAAUCAACGGACAAUCAAUAACGCAAUUGGGCAUUCAUUCGAAUGGAAUGAACAUUCUUUUGCAUGCAAUCGAAAAUUCAAUUACGCGUUUGGACAAUCAUCAGUAGCGUUUAUUGACAAUCAGUCAUGAAAAAUAGAAAAUUCAUUAGUGCUAUUAACAUAAACAAAUACAAUCAACAAGCCUUUUCAGACAAUCAUCUAAUGUGACAUUCAUCAAUGUGGUUUGACAACCAUGUAUCCGAUUUAAACAAACAACAAGGAAAAAUAAAAUUUCAUUCGAGUUACUAUUUUUCUCUUUUCUUUAAACAGAGGAACCCUAAAAUUAAAAGAAUUAAUAGAACUAUAAAUUCUUUUUAACAAAAAACAAGACAAACAAACAACACUUUUUGUUUGAUUGUCCAAACGUGAAAUUGAAUUUUCAUUGCGCGCAAAAGAAUGUUCGUUCCAAUCGAAUUGAAUGCCCAAGUGCGUUAUUGUUUCUCCGUUGAUGCUAAUGAAUGUUCACGAAUAUUCAAUUAUUGUUAUUGAAAGUCGAGUCACGCUAAAUGAUGUUUCGUGCGAUGUUGAUAAACGUACAAUACACGGUAUCGAUGUAACUUUUGUCGCAAAUGAAUGUCCCUUUCCGUUAAUGAACAGCGAAAUGUGUAAAGAAUGAAAAGGAGGGAGGGGGAGGGGUUGUUGUAUAUAUUAUUUUGGUCAAUGUUUUAUAGUGUUCUACAAUAGCUUGACAAGCGAUGUUUGUCAACUUUUCCCUUCCCCAACCCUUCCUUAGUAUGGGUGUUGUCUGACAUGAAAGCACCUUUUUUUCCCUGUGGUAUAAAGUAAAAUGGAUUGUAUGACUAGCCAUAAGGGUGGAUCAAUGAUGUUUUUUUUUCAGAGGGGUACUGUGGUACACAAAAAAACAAAGUUGAUUAAUUUGCAGCAUGUUCCUUCUUUUAAGGAGGUUGCAACCCUCAGAAUCCCUCCCUUAGAUCUGCCCCUGCUAGGGGAAGGAUUAAGGAUUUGUAAUCACAGCUGUUUAUAUCACAGGCUUACCAACCUCUCAGUCAGUCAAUCCCAGUAACUAGCUCUAAUAUUUUCACGAUUGAUCACCUCAUGUAAUUGUCCUAUAAUUGUCUUAUACCCUAGAAUAAAGGUCAUAAUAAACUCUUAUUGUUUU